GGCAAUGACAUUAUCCAUUGUCUUUAAUGUUAUAAUAUGUAAUAAUAAUAUGUAUGAUCAUAUGUCAUUUUGAUUAGAGAAAAAUCUUCAUCAACUCAUUUGUCAUCGUUCCACAAACCCAUUGUGUAUAAGACAUGUUUCAGAGAUUCAGUUGUUAACAUUACACAUACUGUAAGUAACUAUGGAAAAGAAAAAAACCCGGAGAAAAGUAUUACCGUAAUAGCACUAUAACAGUGCCAUUAGCAGCCUUCGAGUUUUCUAGUAGUUAAAAACAACUCCAAAAACGAUUCAAAGACAUGUGGUAACAUGUCUAACAGAAUAAUGUGGCUAAGAGAAUGACUUUACAAGUCCAAUUUCAAAGCUUGGACCACAUUUUCGUGGCAUAUCGCCUAAUUUAACAUUAGAUAAAUGGUUGAACCGUCGGUCUUUUGACCAGUUAAGAGUUAAUUUUUCGUGUUUGACAGAUAAUUUAUCUGCUUGCAACGUCGGCUAUCUAGCCAGCUAGCAAUCCAUUGGUUAGUGACAAGGUUAGCUAGCAAGGCCAAAAAAUACGUGAUAGAACAGACGUGGUACGAUGUCAAAUUAGCUCAUUUUAGGAAGCUAAGCAAUGUGACCGAAUUAUUAAACUCUCAAUUAAUAAUGAAAUAACUUUAAAGCAUGUACUUACAUUCUGCCAUGGCUUUCUCCACGCGUCCAAGAUCUCUUGUAGGCUGCCUUUUACGCUUGCUCUUCCUCUGAGCCUCCAUUGCCAAGUUCUUCUUAGUGAGACACGUGUAAGAACUGCGCAUGUGCAAGACAGGAAGACGGUUUGAUGCAAAGUUAUCAUGACCCUGCACGCCAAAGUACUCAGUCUUAUUGAGGGAAGACAGACUUUAAAAAAGAAAUUAAAAUUGAUAAAAUGGCUCCAAAAGAAGAAGUUACUUCAAGCCAAAAGAAAAUGCAAACUCUGCAAAAAGAGGAUGAAACUGAAGGAAAACGCAAACGUUGACGGACUGCAGUGGCAGUGCCGACGUAAUAAACACAGAGGGAAAACGACGAGGAAGUCAGUCAGGUGCGGAUCACUGUUUGAGAGGAGCAAAUUGUCCCUAUUCAGCUGGAUGAAAUACAUUUAUAGAUUUUCCCAGGGGCUGCAGUUAAGGCAAAUUGAUAUGCUUCAGGAUGGUGUGGCAGGAAGCAGUCGGACGCUGUCAAAGAUGAGCUACAAAUUGAGAAAAGUAUGCCAGAGGGCAAUCAAGAGGAGAGAAAGAAGGGGAAAGCAGAGAAUUGGAAGAGGGAAUGAAUUUGUGAUGCUGGACGAAAGCAACUUCUACCACAAAAGGAAGUAUGGAAGGGGGAGAUUUGGAGCUACCUGGAGGAGGAGAAAAUGGGUCUUCGGAAUGCUGGGAAUCAAAGGAAGAAGGAGAAGACCCAUCCUCAGGCUGGUGACGAAAAGGUCAAGGCGCUACUUAAUUCCGCUGGUCACAAAAUACGUCCGUCAAGGGACCACAGUUCUCACGGACAGGUGGCGGGUCUACAUGACUGCACUGGCACAGAGUGGCUAUGUACAUUUUUCUGUAAACCACAGCCAGUCAUUCGUCAACCCAGUCACAGGAGCCCAUACCCAAAACAUUGAGCGGGCUUGGUCAGCCUACAAAUCCAAGGUGUGGAGACUGCGGGGAAACCGCACAGAGAGGACACUAAAGAGCCAUCUCUCAUUUAUCGAGUGGACUCAUUGGUUGGCGAAUGACCACAAAGACGGUCCCCUUGGCAGAUUGCUGCAUGACAUUCGCCACGAGCUCCAUCAAUAACAUUUCAUUGAGUUUUGUUGAUGUAGACAGCUCUUUUUCUUGUUUGGUUUUUUCAGUGUUCAUUGUUCUUGAGAAAUGCCUUGUUAAAAGUGCAGCCUUUAUUUUUGUUCCAUUU